AUUUAUUUGAAAACUUUCGGUAUUUUAAUUUGGUUCAGUCUCGUGUUAUGGAUAAUGCGUUAUACUCAGAUAGAAGCUUAGUUGUAUCAGCACCAACUGGUUCUGGAAAAACAACCAUAUUCGAAUUAGCAAUUGUUCGUUUAAUGAUGGCCAUUGAGGAUAUUCAAUACACGGGAGAUUUUAAAAUCGUUUACAUGGCUCCAAUAAAAUCAUUGUGCAGCGAACGUUUAUGUGAUUGGAAUAGAAAAUUUUCCGAAAUUGGCUUAUCUUGUAUUGAAGUGACUGGUGAUACAGAUCGAUUAGAGUUUAAAACUUUAGAAAAUUAUAAAAUUAUUAUCACAACUCCAGAAAAAUGGGACUCAAUUACACGAAAAUGGAAAGACAAUAAAGAAAUUGUUAAAGUUGUUAAACUUUUUAUGAUUGAUGAGAUUCAUUUAUUAAAUGAUCGUAAACGUGGGCCAACUUUAGAAGCAGUUGUUAGUCGUAUGAAAAUUAUCCAAAAAUCCAUCGAACAUAUACGUUUUGUAGCAUUAUCCGCUACAAUAAAAAAUAUUGAAGACGUUGGUCAAUGGUUAGGUGAUAAAACAAAACCAUUUAUGCCUUCGGCAAUAAUUCAAGAAUUCGGUGAAGAAUAUCGUCCGGUACAGUUAAAGAAAAUUGUAUUGGGAUACAUGUGCCCAUCAAACACAACCCCUUUCAAAUUUGAUUUAUCAUUAAAUUAUAAAUUAAAAUCAGUGAUACAACAGUAUUCAAAUAAUAAGCCAACAUUAGUAUUUUGCACAACACGAAAAGGUUUAAUGGCAACUGCUGAAAUUUUGUGUAAAUCCUUUACAUGUAACUUUUCAGAAACUCAGAAAGACUUCAUAAGAAAUUCUUUGAGAGAAAUGCGUGAUAAAAAAUUAAAAGAAAUGCUCGAAGUAGGAAUUGGCUGGCAUCAUGCUGGAAUAGAUUGUAAUGAUCGUUAUAUAGUUGAAAAUAUGUUUCGUUCCGGUGUAGUAGCCGUUUUACUAACCACAAGCACUCUUUCAAUGGGAGUAAACUUACCAGCACAUUUAGUUAUAAUUAAGUCCACCGAAAUGUAUCAAUCUAAUGGUUACGAAAAUUAUUCAAAAAUAGCCUUACAGCAAAUGAUUGGUCGCGCAGGAAGACCACAAUAUGAUUCGUCAGCUACAGCUGUAAUUAUGACCAAAGAAUCAAUGCAGAAAUUCUAUGAAAAUAUGAUUAUGGGAACAGAAAUUAUUGAAAGUAAUUUACAUAAGCAUUUGGGUGAACACUUGAAUGCUGAAAUUGUUUUGCGUACAAUAACGGAUCUUGUGGUUGCUUUAGAUUGGAUAAAGACAACAUUUCUUUAUAUCCGAGUUUUAAAAAAUCCACGAUAUUAUGGAUUAACACAACCUUCGCUUACACCAGAACAAAUUGAAACAAAAUUAAUUGAAUUAUGUCAAAUUGAGAUAAACAAAUUGAAAAAAUUGAAAUUGGUAACAACUGAUACAGAAUUAGGUGUCGACUUAAAACCAACUCGAAAUGGUGAAUUAAUGGCACAGUAUUAUUUAACUUUUUCAACAAUGCAAUUAUUCAUGAAGAUUAAUGGAACUGAAACAUUAUCACAGCUAAUUAAUAUGAUUUCGGAUUCAGAUGAAUUUUCUGAAAUUCGCUUACGUGUAAAUGAUAAAAAAAUAUUGAAUGCAUUGAAUAAAUGUAAAUUUUCUGAAUCUAUUCGAUUUCCAAUGUCUGGCAGAAUAACUAGUUUAUCAAUGAAAGUUAAUUGUAUUAUUCAAGCCGUAUUGGGAGCAUUACCAAUACAUGAAAGUUCAUUAAGAAUGGAAAGUGAUCACAUUAUGAGAAUUGGCGAACGUAUGUCUCAUUGUCUUUGCCAAUAUUUAAUAACACAAGAAAAAGGAUUUAUAGCAUUACGAAACGCUUUAAUUUUAUCAAAAUGUUUUACGGCCCGCUUAUGGGAAAAUUCGAAAUAUGUAUCACGCCAAUUUGAACGAGUUGGUCCAGUAACAGCGAAUUUACUUGCUUCUGCUGGAAAAAUUACUUUUACUGAUAUUUUAAAUUCAAAUCCACGAGAUUUGGAAAGAAUUUGCAAUCGUGGUCCACCAUUCGGCAAUAAUUUAAUAAACUUUGUUAAGCAUUUGCCCAAUUUUUCUUUGAGAAUUACACCUCCAGAUGUGGCUGCACCACCUCCACGAUAUUUAACCGUCAUUAUCGAAUUUUCAAAUUUUGAAGACUUACAAAAUAUGACAACAACUGGAAAAAACCAUGGAUUUUCUAUUCUUGUUGGUGAUACUUCAAAUAAUAUUUUAUUUUAUAAAAAGUAUCGAGAUGAGGAUGUUUUAAUGACUAAAACUCUAACACAUCAAGUUAAGUUGGUUGAAACAAUUGAACAUGAAGUUUUUGGCUGUGUGAUUAGUGAAACUUGGGGUGAGUACUAUAUUAACUUUCUGGAAAGAGGCAGGGUCCGAUCUAGCUAUUCAGUCGCUACGGGCAAAAAAUAAAACAA